ACACAAAUCGUCUGCCAGCGACGUUGCCCAUAUCUUCCGGUUACUUUUCAAUACCUUCUAAUAUUUGUCAGCCUUUUUCGCUACCCAUGUAUAAGCAAUUCCAUACCUCCAACAAGAUGAAAUAUCCAAUCGAUAAUGUACAACUUCGGUGGGAUUUAUCUGCAAGUGAAAUAGAAAAAAAAGCGGACGAACUGAUAGAAAUGGCAAAACAAGUUUACGAUGAAGUGGGGAAAUUAAGCGACGCCGAAGUUACCAUUGACAACGUCUGCACUCGUCUAGCGAAACUUGACUCUAUUUACGACACCCAAAGAAGUCAGUUGGAUUUUUUUCAGCACGUUUCACCAGAUAAAGAAAUAAGAGAUGCUAGUUGUGCAGCUGAUAAAAAGUUAUCAGAUUUUGAUGUUGAGAUCUCCAUGAGACAAGAUGUCUUCGACUCGUUGGUUGCUGUUGAAAAGAAUUUGAAACAACCUCUAACGGGGGAAGACGAGAGGUACUUGUCCAAAUUGAUAAAAUUUGGUAAGAGGAACGGUCUACAUCUCGCCGAGGAUGUACAAAAACAAAUUAAAGAGAUCAAGCAAAGAAUGAGCGCAAUUAGCAUUGAUUUUAGUAAAAAUUUAGGUGAAGAGGACACCGUUUUACUGUUCACAAAAGAAGAGAUGGCUGGAGCUGCUGAUGAUUUCUUAGAAUCAUUGGAUAAAAGUGAUGAUGGAAAAUACAAAGUUACCUUGAAGUAUCCGCACUACUUCCCUUGUAUGAAAUUUGUAAGAGUUCCCGAAACAAGAAAGAAGUUGGAAAACGCUUUUAAUAGCCGUUGCAUGGAACCAAAUACAAAGAUUAUGGAAGAGUUGGUAGAACUUCGCGAUAAAAGAGCGAAAUUGCUCGGAUUCAAGACACAUGCACAUUUCGUCCUAGAAAUGCGUAUGGCUAAGAAUCCAGAAAGAGUUAAAGAAUUUUUAGAAGAUUUAGCAAGCAAGUUAACGAAACUCAGGGAUGAUGAAAUGAAAAUAUUUUUGGAGUAUAAGAAAGAAGAAUGCGAAAAGUAUGGCUACGAAUUUAAUGGGAAAAUCGAUGGAUGGGAUACAAGAUAUUACAUGACAAGAGUUGAAGAAAAAAAAUAUGCUGUAGAUCAAAAUAUUCUCAAAGAGUAUUUUCCAAUGGAAAAAGUGACUAAAGGGUUGCUAGAAAUUUACCAAAACCUGUUAGGUUUAGUUUUUGAGGAAAUUCCAAAUCCACCUAUUUGGAACAAUGAUGUCACUCUUUUUGCAACGAAAGAUAAAGAAACCGGUGAAUUGUUGGGUUAUUUCUACUUGGAUCUUUAUCCAAGAACAGGAAAAUAUGGUCAUGCCGCAUGCUUUACUCUACAGAAGGGCUGUGAUCUCGAAAAUGGAAAAAGACAACUUGCCGUUGCUGCAAUGGUGGCCAAUUUUACUAAGCCAACACCUGAAAAACCGGCUUUACUAACUCAUGAUGAAGUUGAAACAUUUUUCCACGAAUUUGGUCACGUAAUGCAUGUCAUUUGUGCUAGAGCAAAAUACGCUCUUUUCUCUGGAACUUCUGUUGAAAGGGAUUUUGUUGAAGCUCCUUCUCAAAUGUUGGAAAACUGGUGUUGGCACGAGGACCCUCUCAGACUUAUGUCUGAACAUUAUAAAACGAAGGAACCAAUUCCUAAGGAAGUAAUUGAAAAAUUGAUUGCCUCUCGUCUGGCAAAUGCUGGUUAUUUUAAUAUGAGACAAAUCCUUCUUGGUACAUUUGAUCAAACCAUCCACUCCCUAAGCAAAGUUGACACAGCUGAGAUCUUUAGUAAAUUAUCAAAGGAACUUGUAUGCGUAGAGCCAUCAGAAAAUACUAAUAUGCCGGCCACGUUUGAACAUUUAUCAGGCGGUUACGAUGCUCAAUAUUACGGCUAUAUGUGGAGUGAAGUCUUCAGCUCCGAUAUGUUCUAUUCAAGAUUUCUGAAAGAAGGAAUUCUUUCUGAAAAAGUUGGAAAGUCUUACAGAGACUGCAUACUAAAACCUGGUGGUAGUAUUGAUGCUGAUUUGAUGUUGAAAAAUUUCCUUGGCAGAGAGCCACAAACUGAACCGUUCCUACGUAUGAAGGGAUUGAAAAUUGAAAAUGAAAGUUAA